AUGUCAGCCGAAACUGACGACGUCGCUUUCGUCACGUUGACGAAAGCCGAGUUUGAUAAGUUGUCACUGGCGAAUAGGCGCGCCGUUAUAGAAGCGAAGACCAAUAAUUCCUCUGGUAAACACGCCGCCACCGCCAAGCAAGACCCCAAGCAGCAGACGCAAAAACUGCUGUACCAACUCUCCAGAUUGCCCAAGGAUGAGCUGCCCCAGCUGCUCAGUGCGCUCGGCUAUCCACCGCGCGAGGCGGUUGAACGUGCGAGCAAGCCGACCAGCGAUGACCCCGAGGUCAUCCAGUUGCGGGAAAAGGUCGCGCAGCUCGAGCGACAAAUGCAGACCGGCGAGCGGCACGAGGAGACCAGAAGACUACAGAGCGAAGCCGAAGGGCAAACCAAGGAACGGCUGGCCAAGGACGAGGAGACCAAAAGACUGCUGGCCGAAGCGGCUAAGGAGAACGAGCGAUUGCGGGCCGAAGUCGAACGGCUGAAAAAUAAUGCCCGAAAGGAUACCAAGCUUGGGGAACAGCGGGGUGUGGCCAAAGCCGGCACUAAACCACCUACAUCGUCCGUUGUAUCCCUCCCGGCGUCGACGCGGGAUGAGCAGGCAGUUCUGGCCAGCAAUAACCCUAUUCAGGCCAUCCCUGACAAUGCAGCCGCGCGUUCCGGAAGCCCUAAGGUUGAUAUGCCCAACGGUGCACCCGAGGACGACAAUCUUGAAGCACAGCCGCCGUCCAGCAGUUCUCAAAGUGUAGCGGACCCUUCCGGAAACCCCGACGUCGAUAUGUCCGACGCCGACCUCCAAGACAGCACUGGACGGCCCGCCUCAGAAUGCAGCCGAUCCUCCCCUCGAUAUCCAGCUAUAGUCGAUGUCGAAGCCUCAAAGCUGCCGCAGCUGCGUCGGGUUCCCGACGUUCCAAAAUUCACGGGGCCUUACUCCAAGAAACUCCCUAAGCUACUUGAGUGGGGUGAAGAGCAGUUCCCCAGGAAAGGGCUCGCCGAGUUCACAGCUGGAGAACAAAUUGGGGCUUGGGCGUUCCAUCAACUCAUGGAUUCCUGGCCCGUGAUUGACCACUCAGGGCUUCAGAAAUCGGGACCAACUGUCAAAGACCACGCCUAA